AGAAGAACAAACGAUAAUCCGAGCCGUGAGCGAAGUACAUCCACAAACUAUCGCGUACCGUCUCAGCCACUGCAAGAUGAAGUCGAAGACUCGACCUUCCACCCUAAAGCGUCUAUAACACCUCAGCCACUAACACCGAUGCCAGUAUUGACAGAAGAGUCUAAACCGCUGUUAGACUACUUCGUCCACAGAGUGACCGUAUCAAUUUCCUGCCACAAAGGAAUUCAAGAUGGGAUCUGCUCGGUCAUUGUACCUAUGGCGAUGCAAGUCCCCCAUCUCCUGUCCGCCACCCUUACUCUAGCUGCUGGCCACCGACGAACAUCCGGCCUUUUUGAAGGGGAUUGCCAAUAUGAACUGAUGAAGGGGAAGAGUUUAACACAGUUGAGAUCUGCCCUAGAUCGAUUCAGCCCAACAGAAAAUGAUAAAGUCCUCGCCACCACCCUGCUCUUAUGUAUGGCCGAAGUCAUAUCCCCUGCCACGAGCACCUCGUCAUGGAGGUCACACCUUUACGGCGCUGCCACCCUGUCUGCUCAACACGGCCGCUCGAACGGCGCCAGCGUAUCGUCCAUAUCAAGGUUUCUGAGGAGAAAAUACCGGGCUCUGCAGGCUGUUGCCCUGGCUUGCUGCUCGAAGACGUUCGAGGGGCACAUAAUAACCGCACAUUCUGAGGAAGAGGAUGCUUACAUUGACGACCUAGCCGGAUAUUCCACGACUCUUCUGCCAAUCUUUGAGGAGAUCAAUGAUCUGGAGCGACUACGGAAAGAUUCCGGUUCAGAUUUUUCCUGCGACUGUCCACCUGGACCACCACAUUUUGACUGCAGCUCACCUUUGGAGCAUAAAUCCCACUUGUUGUUCGAUCGCAUCAGAGCAUUAAUGGCACAAAGGAAGAUGGCACGGAGAGAGGGUGAUGGAGAUCUUCCGUGGCCCAUAUACCACGACCUUUAUCUCGUAGAUGAAGCCCACCACCAUAUGGCGCUACUUCAGGUGUUUCGACGUGGAUCCUUGUCCGUUCCUCUUCAAAUGAUCGAGGACAGCAGACGAUCAAUCCUGGGUUGUCUUGGUGCCGUCACGUACCGAUCCGGCCCAUGUCCGGGGGUGGCCGCUUUACCCCCCUUAUUCGUGGCGGGCAUCCUGUGUACGACCAAGUCAGACAGAGACAAGGUGCGCAGCUUGUUGAAGACCAUGUGGAUGAACUAUGGGAUGGGAAAUGUGAGGUCUUGUCAGACCGUGCUGCAAAGAUGGUGGAAGCAGCAAGAUGAGAGGCUGGCUAAAUCGGCUUUCUCUGAGAAGCUAUACGAUCUUCAAGUUGAUGAUGAUGUCCUACCGUAUUGA